ACUCGGUUCAGACCAAAACAGUAAAAAAAAAAAUGCUCACUCGGGCACUGCCCAAACUCCCUAAACCAAAAACCUCAUUCUCGGUCCCACCUCGAACAUUUUCCUCCUGCACCCACUGUCCAUCGCCACCCCAACCGGCAGCAGAAGAAGAUGCUAAUGCCGUAGCCAAACUCGUCCUCCAAUCAGAUCCCAAAACCCUCUCCGAAGCCCUAGCAAAGCCCACCUUCCAAUGGUCCCCGCACCUUGUCGACAGGGUUUUGAAGCUUCUGUGGAACCACGGGCCCAAAGCCGUCCAAUUCUUCAACGCCCUGUUCCGCCACCCGACCUACGUCCACUCUCCUUCUUCGUUCGACCACGCUGUUGACAUCGCAGCACGCAUGCGCGACUAUCAGGCCGCGUGGGCCCUUGUGGUUCGCAUGCGCUCCCUCCGCAUUGGGCCCACUCCCAAGACCCUUGCCAUCCUAGCCGAGCGCUAUGCCUCCGCUGGAAAAGCCCAUCGGGCUGUUAAUGUGUUCCUGUCCAUGCACCACCACGGCUGCCGCCAGGACCUUGCCUCUUUCAACACCAUCCUUGACAUUUUGUGCAAAUCAAGGCGCGUGGAGAUGGCUCAUAACCUCUUCAAGACAUUCAGGAGCAGGUUUAAUUGUGACAGUGUCACCUAUAACAUAAUCGCCAAUGGUUGGUGCUUGAUUAAGCGACCCCCUAUGGCGUUGCAGGUGUUUAAGGAGAUGGUUGAGAGAGGCAUCAUGCCAACGCUGGUGACAUAUAACAUAAUCUUGAAAGGGUAUUUUAUGACUCGUCAAUUGAAUGAAGCUUGGGAGUUUUUCUUGGAGAUGAAGAGGAGGAAGUGCGAGAUUGAUGUUGUUACAUACACUACUAUGAUUUAUGGGUUCGGGGUUGCGGGAGAGGUUAAGAAAUCAAAGAGGAUUUUUGAUGAAAUGGUUGGAGAAGGGGUUGUUCCAAAUGUUGCUACUUAUAAUGCUUUGGUGCAUGUUCUGUGCAAGAAGGAUAAUGUGGAGAAUGCUGUCUUGGUUUUUGAAGAGAUGGUGGUGAAGGGGUUUGUGCCAAAUUCAGUUUCUUACAAUGCUGUGAUAAGAGGGUUUUGUCAUGCUGGUGAGAUGGAGAGGGCAUUGCGGUUUAUGGCUAGAAUGGAGAAAGAGGGGUGUCAGCCAAAUGUUCAAACGUAUAAUGUGGUGAUUCGGUAUUUAUGUGAUGCUGGGGAUAUUGAGAAGGGUUUGGAGUUGUUUGAGAAGAUGGCGGAUGGGUCAUGCUUGCCGAAUCUAGACACGUACAAUGUUUUGAUUAGCGCAAUGUUUAUUAGAAAGAAAUCUGAGGAUUUGAUGGUGGCUGGAAAAUUAUUGUUAGAGAUGAUCAAUAGAGGGUUUUUACCCCGGAAGUUUACUUUUAAUCGUGUGCUAAAUGGGCUUGUCCUAACCGGCAAUCAAGAUUUUGCAAGGGAGAUUUUAAGUAUGCAGAGCAGAUGUGGUCGUCUUCCUCGUCAGUUGAAAUUGUGAGGCUCUUAAUGUUAGACUUGAGUUUGGAGAAACAUUGAACUCAAAAUUUGGACAAUGUAUUUUAUGAUCAUGCCAUAGAGAGCCUUCAUCCACACAAGGCAUGGUUUCUUAGCGAUCAAAGAAUGACUAGAAGCCGAUCGUCCGAAUUGAGGAGGUAUACUGAAAUGCAAAAUGCACAGGCAGCACAAGGUAAUCUAUGUGCAUGGUGCCUCAACAUGGUGAUGGUACUGACACUAUGAAACAAGAAGCAGCAAAUUUAACUGGGCUUGAUUAUCACUCGAUGUAUGAGCUUCCAAACCAGCAGCGAUCAUUCAUGACUUCAUCCAACUCAUCUUCAUCUACCUUCAAGACACUUCAAUUUGGUGAUGCAGAUAAAGUUUCAUCUUCUGUGAGCAUACUAAAAGACACACUGCAACGCAAGAUAACCGAGAAGGAAGCCACAAAUAAAAGCCUAAAUGGAAUCUUUUGUCCUCAAGAACCUGUUUUCCACAGAAAAUUGGAGUCAUCAGAAGCCAGUGAAUGUUCAAGCUAUGUCCAAUGGCCAAGUUGAUCACGGAGUCCUGCAAAGGCUCGAAGGAUCGAUGAACUUUGUUAUGGAUAGCUUUGCUAAUCAGACAAACCAAAUGUAUUUAGGGACAGCUUCACAAGAACCUUCUCAAAGUGAAUCCUCUGCUGCUGCACCUGUUGUCUCCUCUGGUUUAGAUGCUUGUGAAGGUCCUAGCAAUUAAAAUCAAACUCGGCGAAAGCUCAUGGAAACAAGUGGGAGCGAGUAAAAGUUCAAAGAAUUCUCAAAAUAAAGUCAAAGGUUUCAGAGAACAGAUAAUGGAUAAUCUCAAAGAUGACCGAAAGAGGAGAAGUCUAGAUAGAUAUGGAUCUGUAUCGUCAGCAGUCUCAGAGGAAAAAGUAGACACUACAAAAAAGCGCAGGGUGAACAUUCAAGGAACCAUGUUCUUGUGAUGCAGAAUGGCUGAGGCAAAGGAAAGAAACUUAACACCAUCAGUUCCCUCGGACAUGCAAGCUGUCUUGAAGCGUUGCGAGACCCUUGAAAAGGAAGUCCGGUCGCUAAAAUUUAAUCUGUCCUUCAUGAAUAGGAAGGAUUCUGAACAGACAAAACAGAUAGAAGACCUUCAGAGGCAGAACAAGAGUUGGCAGAUGAAAAAGAGCACCUCCUAGAAGAGAUUGAAAGAAUGUUAUCAGAAAAUGGAAAAAUCUAAUGCUUUUGUAUCUCACCAUAGUUAAGUUAUGGGGGACAGUUUAGGCCAACACCUGAUAAAUAGUGAAUCUCUGAAAUCUAUUUGCGAAAUAUUCCGUAAAUCUCAUAUUGAUUUUGUAACUUGUAAAAUCUAACUGUUAUUUGAGAUUUGAGAAGUGCAGAUUAGGAUAUCAUAUUGCUAAUGAAUUUGGUGAACUAGAAAAUGGAUCUAAUGUACUUAUAAAGCUUAGCAUGAUUUAGGAUUGCAAGAAAUGUGCAAAUUGUAGGCUAUAUAACAAGUGUUUGUCCUUCGGAUUCCA